AUGAACCAUUUCUCAGCUUCAUGUAAACAAUCUUCAGUUGAGGAUGAGACAGUUAAAGGGGGUCUAAAAUGGGUUAAUACAGAAGUGGAUUUAGACAAACAUGUUAUAGUUCCAAUGCUGGAUCCAAAAAAUAUUGAAUCACCUGAUAAGUUUGUAUCAAAUCUGACUAAAACUGGAAUUAAAAUGUCAAUGCCAGUGUGGGAUCUCCAUCUCCUCAACCUUAGAACUUCUGAUGCUGAAUCCGUCGCUGUUUUUCGAGUUCACCACUCUCUUGGUGAUGGAGUUUCGCUUAUGUCUUAUUUUCUUACUUGUACUCGUAAGAUUUGUAAUCCAGAGGAACCUCCCACCAUUCCAAUUAUUCAGAAAGUAAAUCCCAGCAAAACCGCUGGCCGGUUUCGAGGAAAAUUCAUUAAAUCAUGGCUGGCUAUCGUGCUGUUUUGGAAUAUUCUUGUCGAUGUUGUGAUGUUUCUUGCUACGGCAUUAUCUCUCCUAAAUGAUACUAAAACGCCCCUCAAGGGUUCCUUGAGCGAACCUCGGCGAUUUGUUCGCAGAUCAGUGAGUUUGGAUGAUGUCAAGCUAGUAAAGACUGCGAUGAGAACUGCAAUCAAUGAUGUCAUGAUUGGAGUCACCAAUGCAGGCUUGUCUCAGUGUCUCAAUCGGAAAUACGGGGAGUGUAACAAGAUCAACAAGGAAGCUUCAGAAGGAAGUAACGAUCUUCCACAUAAUAUUCGUCUUAGAGCAGCCUUUUUCAUGAACCUUGGAAGAUCUCCAGGGAUCCAGGAGUUUGAUGAUAUGAUGAAGGAGGGUUCUAAAGCAAGGUGGGGCAACCAGAUUGGUUAUUUGCUUUACCCUUUCAACAUCGCGUUACGAGAUGAUCCAUUAGAUUAUAUUCGACAAGCUAAGGCAACCAUGGAUAGGAACAAAGCUUCUCUAAAGGCUUCUUUCUCACAUUUCUUGGUUAAAUGUUUACACAAAUUUCGGGGUAUGAAGCUUGCGAGAUUGCCAACUCAAACAACAUUGUAUUUCUCAAAUGUUUUUGGUCCCAAAGAAGAAAUCAGUUUCUAUGGCUAUCCAGUGGCCUAUAUUGCUCCAAGUUGCUAUGGGCAACCUACUUGGUUAUUGAUUCAUGUUAUGAGUGACGCCAAUAGAAUUACCUUCACCUUCACCUUAUCAGUUGAUGAAGGGAUAAUUCCUGAUCCUGAGCAGUUGUGUGCUGAUCUUGAAGAUUCUUUCAACUUCAUUAAAAGUGCAGUCAUUGCUAAAGGAAUGGUUAUGAAUUAA